AACUGCAUUUCCCACCUCAACGCACGCGCAUUCGCGACUCUCCGUUUCUCUCUCUAGCCGACACUUCUCACUCUCUCUCUUUCUCUCUCAUACCAACAACCAUGUUGCUUUUGCUGUAUCAGAUGAUGUUUCUCUCUUCUCUACCACCAUUUUUCCAUUUCACUCCUUCUGCAGCUUCUUUCGUUUCUGUUGCAAUAUAAUCUCCUUCCACAAUUCCCUCUCUCAAAUCUCUCUCUCUCUCUCUCUCUCUCUCUCUCUCUCUCUCUCUCUCUCUCUCAUUUCUGCUUUUUGGAUGGGAGAGCUUGGCUUGGAUGGUCUGUAGACAGUAGUAAGUGGCCAGUGCUAAAAUACGCCAGCAACAGUUAGUAGAAAUCAUGGAGCACAAGACAUGGCUAUGGAGGAAAAAGUCUUCCGAAAAGACAAUUGUUGUCAAUGAGAAAGUCAAUCUCUCAAUGAAAGGCGGUGAACAAGAGGCAUUUAUGGAGGACAAAGCACUGGAAAUGGAAAGAUCCAUGAAAAUUCUCAAUGAAAAAUUAUCUUCUGCCCUCAUUGAGUGUAACGCGAAAGAUGAUCUUGUGACGAAGCAUGCAAAGGUUGCAGAAGAAGCCAUUGCAGGCUGGGAAAAGGCAGAAGCUGAAGCAGCAUCUUUCAAGGAAGAAUUGGAGGAUGCUUUGCGGCAGAGAGUAGCUGCAGAAGAAAGGAUAGUUCACUUGGAUGCGGCCUUAAAGGAAUGUAUGCAGCAGCUACGAUUAGUCCGGGAAGAGCAAGAGCAAAAGAUCCAUGAUGCUGUAACGAAGACCUCAAGAGAAUUCGAAAAGUUAAGGAUAAACCUAGAAGAGAAGCUAGCAGAAACAAGUAAGAAGCUUUCAAAAUUAGGUGUUGACAACAAUCAUCUGAGUAAGGUCAUUCAGGUCAAGGAAAAGUUGGUUGAAGAUUUAAGUGAGCGCAAGUCCCAGGCAGAGGCUGAUUUUAAUGCUUUAACGGCAAGAUUGGAUUCUAUGGAAAAAGAGAACGCUUCUCUGAAAUAUGAGGUUCAUAUGCUCGAGAAGGAACUUGAAAUGCGGAAUGAAGAAAGAGAUUUUAAUCGUAAAUCAGCUGAUGCAUCACACAAGCAACACCUGGAUAGUGUGAAGAAGAUUGCGAAGUUAGAAACAGAAUGCCAGAGAUUACGUCUCCUAGUUCGAAAGAGAUUGCCGGGUCCUGCUGCUUUUGCAAAAAUGAGAAGUGAAGUUGAAUGUCUCGGAAGGGAUGUGGCCGAGCCAAGGAAGAAAAAAUCAAAUCUUUCAAUGGGAAGUUUGACAGUUAAGGAUUGCAUGUUGGACAAUUGUCAUGACACCUCUAAUAAGAGGAUCAGUUUUCUAAUGGAGCGAUUAUGUGGUACGGAAGAAGAAAACAAAAUUCUCAAAGAGACGUUAACCAAGAAAAACAGUGAACUUCAAUCUUCAAGGAUCAUGUGUGCGCGUACAGCUUCCAAAUUAUCCCAACUUGAGGAACAACUUGGAGAUUUGUCGAAGGGUCAGACUGGUCUAGAACUCGUGAGGAGCAUGUCUGGAUCAUAUGAACCAACUCUUGCAUCAAUAUCUGAAGAUGGUUACAAUGAGGAUGAAGCUAGCUGUGCUGAAUCAUGGGCUUCUGCUUUGAUUUCUGAACUAGAGCAUUUCAGAAAUGGGAAGCCAAAGGAGACAUCAUGUAGAGCUGUUGGAGGUUCGGACCUAAGUCUGAUGGAUGACUUUGUUGAGAUGGAAAGAUUGGCAAUAGUUGCUGUGGACAAACAUUUUGAAAGCUUGCAUGUCUCUUCAGAUGGUAAUAGUACAUGUUUGAUUCAGUUGGAAACUGAUUCAAGAGUAUAUCCCUUAGAAGUAACAGGUAAGGAACUUGUCCCAAUUGAAAAAUGUCACAUGGGUUCCAGUGAAUCAAACCAGGAAAUCAAGUCGAAGUAUCAAUCCAUUGGAAAAUCUCCGAGUUGGAUUCAGGAUAUUUGGAGGGUGAUCUUGCAGCAGAGUCAGGUUGCACAAAGGAGCCUGGAUGAAGUUCUUGAAGAGGUAAGGAUAACUUUGAUGAAUAUGAAUCAUCAUGUUCCUGUUGAAGUCAUGGAUACAAGGGAAAUAUCAAGCCAUUCCAGCACUUCGGAUCCUUCGAAAAUUAGUGGCUACAUCUCUUGGAAACCACCACAUACAUCUCCAACAGCAGAUUCGUCUGGUGGAGCAUGUGAUUUGAACACUUCUUCGUUGGAAAUACGCAAUCAGCAGUUCUGCCCGAAUCUAAACAAAUCGAUCUGUAAAAUAAUUGAACUUAUCGAAGGGAUUAAUCAGGCAUCUUCAACGGAUUACAGUAACCAGCAGUUUUUGUCUGAAAGUGCAGGAAGUCCUACACUAUGUAAGGAGUCAGCAAGCUACAUAGUGCGUGUUUUUCAAUGGAAAAGUUCUGAACUUAGUGGUGUUCUACGGAAUUUUGUCUAUACCUGCAAUGAUCUCUUACAUGGCAAGGCUGAUCUUGAAAGAUUUGCUGUAGAAUUGACUUCAACUUUGGAAUGGAUCAUGAACCAUUGCUUUUCACUUCAGGAUGUUUCAAGCAUGAAGGAUACAAUCAAGAAGCAUUUUAAUUGGGAUGAAUCACGCAGUGAAAGUGAACUUGACGUCAGCAUCAAUAGUCCAUGUUCAGAAACAGAAAAAGUAUAUGCAUCUGAGGAAUGUAAACGUACAAAUAUUUUGUCCCAAAUGGAGAAAAAAAUUGAAUUUAAACUAAAAGAAGAAAAUAGGAGAUUGAAAGAUGAGAUCAUGAAUUUGGAAGUUGGAAAGAAAGAUCUGGAAGAGGGGCUUCAGUCAGCCACUAAUAGGAAUGAAACCUUGAUGACUCAACUUCAGGAAUCAAAACAAAGCAUUGAAAGCUUACGAAUUGAACUGGUUAAGUUAAAAGAAUCGAAAGGGCUGAUCGAGGAUCAAAUCGAAAAUCACAAGUUAAUUAAUGAAGAUCUUGAUACCCAGCUGUCAGUUGUCAGAGUUGAGUUAAAUGAGGCUCGCCAAAAGUUCUCAUCUCUGCAUGUGGAGCUCGAGGACAAAAAUAACUGCUGUGAAGAAUUAGAGGCAACAUGUCUUGAACUGCAGCUCCAGUUGGAAAGUGUGGCAAAUAAAGGAAUUUCCAAUUACAAUGUGGACCAAGAGGACAAUCAACUCAGAAAAGAAUGGGAGAUCUCAGCCGCUUCAGAAAAGCUUGCAGAAUGUCAAGAAACCAUACUAAAUCUUGGGAAACAGUUGAAGGCCUUGGCUUCACCAAGGGAUGCAGCUCUCAUUGACAAGGUGAUCGCUCCCCCAGCAUCAACCAAGACCAAUAACCGUCAAUCCCUUCUUGAUCAGAUGCUAGCAGAAGAUGAUGCUGAUGUGGAGGAAGUCAAGUCUCCAAAGACGAAAGAAAUUAUUUGCACCGGAGACCCUCAGAAACCUGUCAAUCCCAGUGCUGGUCUGUUGUAUGGUCGAAACAUCUCAUCUGUCCACAAUGCAAACUACCCAGUGACAACCAGCUUUCAGGCUUCUCCAGUGAAGUCACCUAGAAAAUUUUAUGGAGUUGAGACUGCUGGGAUUUCUCUUGCCAUCGUGCCCAAGAGACGCAGUGGGGGUGGCAGCCUUUGGAGGAAGCUACUGAUGAGAAAGAAGAGGGACAGCAGCAAGAAAAUGCCCUACGCCCUUGUUGCCUAGGGAGUGACUGCAUCAGCAGCAUUGCUGCAGUAUUGGAGAAUAGGAACUGAAAUAAUGAAGGGGUUGACUUCUUGAAAUUGUGAGGUAUUAGACAAAUGCUUGACUGGUGAAUGUCUAUGGUAGGUGUGGGUUUUCAGUUUGUAUUUGGUUCAGUAAUCCAGACCAUCGACGUGAUGCCCCGCAUUGCGGACGCCCCAUCCACCAGAAAUUUCAAAAUGGAAGAUCCUAUCGGGCUGAAUAUGGACUGGCACUGUACUUCCUUUCGUAAUAGUCUUUUUGCUGGCAACCAAAGUUAGGAUUUUCUCAUCUGGGUUGGUGCAUGGACAUCCAACAUGGGGCCUCCAUCAUAUGAGCAAUUUGGAUCCCUGACCAAUGGGUCCCACUUGAACAAACCCAGAAUCUGAGCCUAUCAUUGGUUUUCAUAGGUCAAACAUUUUACAAACGCCUCCUUGUAUAUCUGGGGUUUGAAGAAGGCAGGGAGGUUCUGGAGAGAGGGAAGCUGGUCUGUUGGAGGCCUUGUCUGUUUGUGGUUACGUUUGCAUGGGUUGUGUUUUUUCCUGUAGUAAUAAAGGAAUGGUUCCUUAUGUAAUUUUUCCUGUGUAUAUAUGUUUGUGUCAAAGAUAUUUGGUUGUCUUUAAUAUCAGGUUACUGCUUCUAAGAGA